AUGACUGUAUGCUGCUCUGGCUUCGGAGCAAUGCAGUUAGACCUUGUGAAGAGACGAGACGACACUCCCCAAGCGGCGCCAACUUCUUUGACGGAGUCGACGAAGCUCGAGCGCUCUGCGAUUCGCACCUACACACAGAUCUCGCCGUCCAAAAAUGCAGAGCGCGGCGUUCACCCUCUCCCCCUCCGCCGCCUCCGCCGCCUCCGCCGCCCGCCGCCGCCCCGCCUCCGCCGCCGCCCCCUCCGAUUCGACCCCGUCCGCCUCUCCUCCUCCUCCUCCGCCGCCGCCGCCGCCAGGAGAGCCGGCGAUGCCGCCCCCGCCAUUCCCGGUCUCUCCGUCUCCUCGCCGGGGCUCCCGCGCCGGUCGUGGUGCCUCGGCUCGCCUCCGUCGAGGCCGUGGGGCGGGGUGCCGUACCUCGGCUCCGCCUCCGGCUCCGAUCGCCUCGAGGUGAGGGCGACGUCGGUGCCCGAGGCCGCCGGGGAGGGCGAGAAGGCGGGCGGGUUGGGGAAGACGGUGGAGCUCGGGAUGCUGUUCGGACUCUGGUACCUCUUCAACAUCUACUUCAACAUCUACAACAAGCAGGUGUUGAAGGCGUUCCACUACCCUACCAAUGUCACCCUGGCGCAAUUUACUGUCGGCUCCGUGCUUGUUAUUUUAAUGUGGACUUUUAAUCUCUAUAAAAGGCCCAAACUCAGUCGUUCCCAGCUGUUGGCCAUUGUGCCACUUGCGGUGGUGCACACGCUGGGCAAUCUGUUUACCAAUAUGAGUCUUGGGAAAGUGGCUGUUUCAUUCACUCACACCAUCAAAGCCAUGGAGCCAUUUUUCUCUGUCCUUCUAUCGGCGAUGUUUCUUGGGGAGUUUCCGUCCAUCUGGGUUGUCUCUUCUCUUUUACCAAUCGUUGGUGGAGUUGCACUUGCAUCAAUGACAGAGGCUUCCUUUAACUGGGCUGGGUUUUGGAGCGCAAUGGCCUCGAAUCUGAGUAAUCAAUCUCGUAAUGUGCUCAGCAAGAAAGUCAUGGUCAAUAAGGAGGAAUCCUUGGACAAUAUAACUCUCUUUUCAAUUAUAACCCUGAUGUCAUUUGUUUUACUAUUCCCUGUGACUUUUUUUACGGAAGGUCUCAAGUUCACUCCUGCAUCCCUCCAAGCCGCAGCGCAACAGGGAUUAAAUGUUCAGCAGGUAUUGACCAGGUCCUUCCUUGCAGCGUUGUGCUUCCAUGCAUACCAGCAGGUCUCUUACAUGAUACUACAGAGGGUAUCGCCAGUGACCCACUCUGUAGGAAACUGUGUGAAGCGUGUUGUGGUCAUUGUCAGCUCAGUUUUCUUCUUCCGAACUCCAGUCUCACCCAUAAAUUCCCUAGGUACGGGAUUGGCCCUUGCUGGAGUCUUUCUUUACUCACGCGUGAAGCGCAUUAAGCCCAAGCCAAAGACUGCUUGAAGGACCACCAAUGCAAAUUUUGUCGUUAGCUUGGAUUAGGCGAUCAAUCCGUUCAAUCUCAGUUGUACUCGAGAAUAUCUGGCAGGUCACGCAGGAACCAGAUCUUCUGCUUGCCCACUGCACUCUUCUCUUCCUCAUUCCAUUAUUGUUUCCACCCCGCUUCUGAUAAAUAUGAUCAGGACUGAUCCGGGAAUUAGUUGCCUCUCAAAGUUAUGUAGCUGUCCUGUACUUUUAUUGAUUUUCAUCAGUUGUUUUGAUUCUGAAUCUCGGGAAUUAAAUCGAGUUGUACGGGGUUGAUUAGACGAUUGGUUGUUGGAAAUAGAUUUGAUUUCUGGUAAAAUAAAUUCUCAUCUGCCGCAUGCCAGUUUGUUAGGUA